AUGAGUAGACAGGCGAUACACGAAGAAACCAGCGUCACCCUCUCGUCAGGAGACUCGCGAACCGAGCUACGUAUAGCACAGAAUACAGCUGCCAUGGGUUUAACCCCCCAACUCGAUGAAAAUGCGACGCCAUCAUCACCGCACAGCGACGGGGAGAUCGAGAAAGGCACCAACGUCGGGGACACCACCUACAACAGAAAGGUUCACUUACUGAACGAAUCGCUUCAGGAGAUUGGCAUGGGGCGGUAUCAAUGGUAUCUCUCUUUCGUCACCGGGUUUGGACUAAUCUCGGACAGAGUGUGGAUCAUGGCACCGGGACUGAUCCUUCCAUCCGUCGUAGACGAAUUCCACUUCAAGGGACCAAUGCUUAUUCUCGCCGUACAAACCGGGCUCCUGGUGGGUGGGCCAUUCUGGGGACCCACUGCGGACACGUGGGGUCGAAAAAUACCCUUCAAUGUGACCCUUUUGCUUUCGGCCACCUUUUCGAUAGCCUCUGGGUUUUCGCCUAACUACAUUUAUUUAUCCUCACUCCUGGCAAUAGUGAUUCUAGGCUCAAGUGGCAACGUCGUUCCUGGUCCUGACAACCACAAUCCCAGAAUUCCUUCCCGCGUCACACCAGUAUAUUCUGACGGCAACAAUGGUGGGCUACCCGAUCGGUCAACUCGUGGUGACUUUGUUGAAGACUUAAAGGCUUUGGAGUACGGAGACGAGAAGGCUGGGACGACACCUGGUAGGUGUAGGAUGUGGAAUGUCAUCAAGGAGAAAAUACGAAUUUUGAUUGGCAUCAAACCAUUAUUCGCGACUCCCCCAUUGGCUCGAUCGACGAUUAUGUUGAUCGCAAUCUGGAGCACGUCUCUAAAGCUCUAUUCUAAGGGAAUUACACCAAUGCCAGUCAUAGGUUUGAUGAGCCUCGCCACCACACUUUACAUGUCCUUCGUCACCUACUAUCUUUCCACACGCGGAGUGGUCUUCGGAGACGGAUCCAUAUACAUCACAUAUCGCAAUCUAGUUAUUAUCAGCAUUUUUGCUCUUCCCGGCCCCUCAUUCUCUGCGUAUCUGAUUGAAUGCCGCCUUCUGGGCCGACGAAGAACCUUAGCUAUAUCUACCGCGUUGACCGGAGUAUUCGUCUUGGCCACGACGAGCGCUCGCUCCUCCACAGUCCUCCUCCUCUGGAACUGCGCGAAUAGCGUCACGAGCAACAUGAUGUACCCUGCUUUGCAAACUAUGACCCCAGAACUCUUCCCUACCAAGAGUCGAGCGACAGGCAUAGGGAUCGUCGGUACUGCGUACAGUAUCUCCGGUGUCUUGGCUCCCGUCAUCGCCCUCUAUGCCAACCUCACUACCGCGGUACCGAUAUACAUCGCAGGCGCGAUUUACUUGGUGGCUGCGAUUAUUGCAGUGCUUAUACCCUAUGAGUUGAGAGGGCGGGCGGCGAUGUAA